ACUAAUAGCCCAGAAGGAAGGAGGGGCCUGGAGAGGAGACGAAGGCUAAGGCGGUAGGGAUGUGAGCCUAAGGGCGUUGGCCCAUCUCAGAGGACACACAAAGGCGGGGAGGCCCCUCUGCCCUGCAGUGCUGAGGGGAUGGCCAGCCAGGGAGCCGCCCUCCUCAUCCCCUCAGCCAGAGGUGCAGCCCGGAGUCCCAGACCUGUUUCCCCAGACGCCCAGCUCUUGUCCUCAGGGCCGAUCCUACGCGGACCUGUCCUUACUGGAGAGCCCCGGAGUCCCCAGCAGCAGCAGCCCCUUAGCUCCUGGCAAGCCCAACAGGCCUCAGCACCUCGACUCCUGCAGACCAUCCAAGCUGCCUCUGUCCACUCCUGGGCAGCCCGUGCCUGCGUUCUGGAAGCCGUUUGACAUGCAAAGGCCAGACAUCAGCCUCCCUGCUAACUCUGGGGUGGGGGAGGGUAUGAAGGGCCCUGUGGUUGGGUGUGUCUAAUGUGUGUGCACAUAGGUGCACGGUGCUAUUACGCAUAUGCAUCUGUGGCUCUGUUCUGGGCCUUUUUCUCCUCUUUCAGUCCCUGAGCCUACGGGGAUGGGCACUUUCUCUUUCCCCUUCUCUCCCAAUCCAGCCCUCCUCUCGCUGGGUACCUGCAGCUCCUCAGCACUGGAAACCGGCUCCUGCCCGUGUGUCUAUCUCUCAGCCUUGGCAGCAGCUGCUACCCUUCAGCCCCCUCCCCUUCCUACUUCAGGAAUCGCCCCGGUUCCUGUAAGGCCCUGACUGAGCAGCGGUGGGUUGGGGGAAGGGAGUAUCCAGUAAAGCCAGACAGCACACGCUAGCUCACUCAGUUCAGCCUCCGGCAUGGCACAGACCCUCCCAAGUGGGACCCAGAGCUGGGCCUAGUCACCCUGAGCCCCCUCUGAUGUGCCCACCUUGCUGGGGCCUGGGGUAGAUUUGGGAUCUGUGUCUUUAAGGCUGAGACAUCAGCAGGCAACCUCCUGGCCAAGUGUCCAGGGGAGGGGGAGGGGAAGAAGCAAGUCCAUUAGCAGCAGAGCUGGCGCCAGGCAGCAACCCUUCACAGAGCCCUGGGGAUUUCAGGGAGAGCAGCCCUUCCUCACCCACCUCAGCUGCCUCUGCACUCCCGUCCCCCAGAUCUCCCUGGGUGUGGUGACAGAGGGGGCAGCUGACAGCAUUUGAAAGCAGAGCCUAGCCUUCAGGGGCCAUGUGGAGGUACAGCCUCUGGGGCCUAAGCCAGGCCAAUUCUCCCUGCACCUGGGCUGCGUCCUCCCUGCACCUGGGCUGCGUCCUCCCUGCCCACGUACCAGAAGCCUGCCCUUUAACAUACAGUCCACCUAGCCCCCAGUUUUUACCAGCUCUUUCAGGCAGGGACCCCAUUUCCAGUGAGGCCCUCCCACCCUAGGCUCCAGCUCCGGAUAUUUGCUGGAAGGCACUGACCCCCCCAACACCCGAACCCCCCCCUCCCGCCUCCCUGUGGCCUGUGGUGGCCAUCCCUGUCUCCUUCCCCACCACGAACUGGGGGAAUCAAGUAGGCAGGGCGCCGGCAACCAGGGAGGGAGGGUGCGGCGCUCCUGCAGCUCCGCAGGGGUGGGGCGUCCCCCUCCCCACAUAGCCCCACCGUCAGGCCAGUGGGAGGAGCAGCCCAUGCCCCCCCUGAGCCCGCAGGGCUAUAAAGCCGCCUCGCAGCGGUUUGCGGCUCCUUCCCAGCGCCCGGACAAGCUCUGUCAGCGGUGACUCCCCAUCCUCGGCCGCCAUGAGCCACCCGUCGGGCCUCCGGUCCGGCGUCAGUUCCACCUACUACCGCCGCACCUUCGGGCCACCGCCCUCGCUGUCCCCGGGGGCCCUCUCCUACUCUUCCAGCUCCCGCUUCUCGAGCAGCCGCCUGCUGGGCUCGGCGUCCCCCGGCUCCUCCGUGCGCCUAGGCAGUUUCCGCAGUCCCCGGGCGGCCGCGGGCGCCCUCCUGCGCCUGCCCUCGGAGCGCCUCGACUUCUCCAUGGCCGAGGCCCUCAACCAGGAGUUCCUGGCCACGCGCAGCAACGAGAAGCAGGAGCUGCAGGAGCUCAACGACCGCUUCGCCAACUUCAUCGAGAAGGUGCGCUUCCUGGAGCAGCAGAACGCGGCCUUGCGCGGGGAGCUGAGCCAGGCCCGGGGCCAGGAGCCGGCGCGCGCCGACCAGCUGUGCCAGCAGGAGCUGCGCGAGCUGCGGAGGGAGCUAGAGCUGCUGGGCCGCGAGCGAGACCGGGUGCAGGUGGAGCGCGACGGGCUGGCGGAGGACCUGGCGGCGCUCAAGCAGAGGCUGGAGGAGGAGACUCGCAAGCGCGAGGAUGCGGAGCACAGCCUCGUGCUUUUCCGUAAGGACGUGGACGACGCCACCCUGUCCCGCCUGGAGCUAGAGCGCAAGAUUGAGUCUCUGAUGGAUGAGAUUGAGUUCCUCAAGAAGCUGCACGAGGAGGAGCUGAGAGACCUGCAGAUGAGCGUGGAGAGCCAGCAGGUGCAGCAGGUCGAGGUGGAGGCGACCGUGAAGCCCGAGCUGACGGCGGCGCUGAGGGACAUCCGUGCCCAGUACGAGAGCAUCGCAGCGAAGAACCUGCAGGAAGCAGAAGAGUGGUACAAGUCCAAGUACGCGGACCUGUCUGACGCCGCCAACCGGAACCACGAGGCCCUGCGCCAGGCCAAGCAGGAGAUGAACGAGUCGCGACGCCAGAUCCAGAGCCUGACGUGCGAGGUGGAUGGGCUUCGCGGCACGAACGAGGCGCUGCUCAGACAGCUGCGGGAGCUGGAGGAGCAGUUUGCCCUGGAAGCCGGCGGGUACCAGGCGGGCACCGCACGGCUCGAGGAGGAGCUGCGGCAGCUAAAGGAGGAGAUGGCGCGACACCUGCGAGAGUACCAGGAGCUCCUCAACGUCAAGAUGGCCCUGGACAUCGAGAUCGCCACCUACCGGAAGCUACUUGAGGGCGAGGAGAACCGGAUCUCCGUGCCAGUCCAUUCCUUUGCAUCCUUAAGUAUAAAGACGACUGGUGAGUCUUUCACGUCUGACUUCCAACUGUCUGUCCCCUUGUCUAUUUCUGCCCUGACUGGACUCUUACUCUGGCUCUGCUCAGGGAUUGGUUCUCUCCGUGAACUUCUGAGUCCUGGUCUACACUCGCCUUCGCUCCUCAGGCUCUGCCCCUCCCCGCCCCUCCCUCACCUCCCAGACGGAGUGAGGGCUUAAAACAAGAGAAAUCCCAAGCCUCCUCCCUUCCACCUCUCAUCUUGCUUUUUCCAGUGCCUGAGGUGGAGCCUCCCCAGGAGAGCCACAGCCGGAAGAUGGUUCUGAUCAAGACCAUUGAGACCCGGGAUGGGGAGGUAAGAUGGGUCCCUUGAGCGUAGGACCCCAUCAUUUCUCGUAGUAUUUCUGAGCCCCAGCCUGGCUGCAGGUAAUCUUAGGGUGUUUGUGGGUUAGUGAUUCUUGGGGUGGGAGUGAGACAGGGAGAUGGAAGUGGAUGGUCAGACUGGAGCCUCAACUGGUUAUGCCAGGGAGGGGGGACACCGUGCCACAAAGGAGCUGGAAGGAGGGUGGUGCUGAAUGGCUUGUGCGCCUCACGUGCCUCGGCCCCCAGCAGGUGGUGACAGAGUCUCACAAGGAGCAGCGCAGUGAGCUGGACAAGUCUUCUACUCACAGCUACUGAACUUGUUGGUCCAGAGCUCCCUGACCCUGCCCUAGACCUCUAAGCCCCAAUCCUAACACCAGUCCCGAAUUAGUCUCCUCCCCCUCUGCAUGUGUCCACCAGAUGGCUCCAGUCACCCCUUCCCUGGCCGUGGCCAAACCCUACCCAGCACCACAGCUGGGCCUCUCCAUGCCCACAGAGACAUGAUCCAUAUGUUUCUCAUUUCUUAUCUUGGUAAGAGUCUAUAUGUUCCCCCAUUUCUUGUCCUGGUAAGAAUCUAUAUGUUCCCCCAUUUCUUGUCCUGGUAAGAGGCCAGCCAUCCCCAGGAUGAGUCUACUCCUGCCACGACCCCAAGAUUAGUGGGUGGGUCGGGGUCUGAGUUUCACUUUUAAAUCAAAUAAAACUGCUAUCAAGGGAACCCUC